AUGGCAGAUAUUUUAAAAGUAUUCGAAGAAUUUAUAAAAACUGAAUCGUCAUUACUCAAUGACGCUAAUUUGAAUUUUCAUGGAUCGCAAUCAGUACUACCUAACAAAAUUAUUCAACAAUUGCAUCGAUUUGUUAUUGAUUUUACAAAUUUAUCAAAUAAUACAUUUUCAAGAUUAUUUUUUUCAGAGCGAAAAGAUGCAUCAUCUUUUUUACCGUCGAGAUUCUUGACAGAAUUUAAUGGUUAUGAUGCAACACUUGAUCCACUGCCUUCUAAUCAUGAUCCUGGGUAUAAUAAAUCUGUGAAGAUACAUGAUAAACAACAAGAGUCAGUAUUUCUUGACCAAAAACAACGUGAAUCACGUGAACAAGAAGAAAUGUUAAUAAAAAAUAGUUGAGAUCAUCAUGGAAUAAGUACUAUUGAACCUGUCCAUGACGAUCAUGUUGACAAUCUAUUUGAUAAUAAUAUGGAAAUUAAAUAUGAAAUAAAUUAUUGUAUAUUAAAUUAUUGUUAUCAAGAUAUAAAAUUUUGUAAAUUACUUAAUGAUCAAUUAGCAUCAAAUGAUUAUCGAACUUGA